AUGCGAGUGACACAAGUUGAGCGAAGAGGAGCGACGAGGUAACGACUCCCAAGUGCUUUGCCUCAACGCAAACCACAUCUGGAGAAAGUGACAUCAGGGAUUCCGAAGAGAAACAUGUUAGAUUAUGAUAAUUUAGUGUCUGCUUGGACGAAACGUGAGCACCCAGGAGCUGCGCUGCAAAACAUCUCAAAACGGACAAGAACAUGGAAGGGUUAAAGGUCAUUGCGCUGUGCCUUAUUUUUGGAACCCUGAGUAACGGCCAGCAACUCGAAUGCAACAAGAAGAGAGAAUGCCCUAUUGAUGUGUACUUCACCAUUGACACGUCUGAGACCAUCGCCCUGCAGGAGUCCCCCCCUGGAUCACUUGUGGAGAGCAUUAAGCGGUUCAGUGAGCAAUUUGCAGAUCGUUUAGAAGCGGCCGAACUUCGAGGUGCUGUUCGAAUCAAUUGGAAUAUCGGUGGGCUGCACUUUUCCCAGAGACAGCAAGUGUUCAGCCGCCUCGGAUCCAAGACUGAUUUCAUCUCGGGUGUCAGGGGAAUUCGUUACCUGGGCAAGGGCACCUACACAGACUGCGCCCUCACCAACAUGACCAUGGAAAUGCUGCGCUCACCCUCAUACCCCACCGCCCUGAGAUUUGCCGUGGUCAUCACCGAUGGCCAUGUGACCGGAAACCCCUGCGGGGGAAUCAAAGUGGCGGCAGAAAGGGCGCGUGACGAGGGCAUCGGUAUUUUUGUGGUGGCGGCUUCCAAGAAUAUCGAUGAGACCGGGCUGAGGGAUAUUGCCAACGCUCCAGCUGCAGUCUACAGGAGGGACUUCUUGGCUGUUGAUCUGAGCUCUGGAAGACCUGUCAUCCAGACGGACACCAUUGACCGCAUCAUUAAGACCAUGAAACAUCAAGCAUUUGUGGAGUGCUAUCAAGUGUCUUGCCUGGAGACAGAAGGGCCACCAGGUCCAAAAGGCCAUCGAGGCCAGAAAGGUGCUAAAGGAGACAAUGGUGAUCCAGGUCCAAAAGGUCAGAGAGGUCGCCCAGGUGACCCAGGUAUCGAGGGGCCCAUCGGUCAGCCUGGUAUUAAAGGAGAAUCAGGACUUAAAGGCGAGAAGGGAGAGUUGGGGACCCAAGGGAAAAAGGGUGUAGCCGGAAUCCCAGGGCGCAAUGGAACAGAUGGACAGAAGGGUAAAAUUGGACGGAUAGGCGCUCCUGGCUGCAAAGGAGACCCCGGAGACAGAGGUUCUGAUGGUCAUCCGGGAGAUGUCGGCGAACGUGGUCUUCUUGGAACUGCUGGAGAUAAGGGAGAUCCUGGACGUCCUGGAAGAUCUGGUCCUCCUGGAUUUGCUGGCGAAGGUGGACCUAAGGGAGAAAGGGGAAGUCCCGGAUCGCCCGGUUUACCUGGACUCAAAGGAUCUGCUGGUACCCCAGGACUUCCUGGAUCAAGAGGAGAGCCUGGGAGGCGAGGAGAUUAUGGACCAAAGGGUACUCAAGGACCAGAUGGAGUCCAAGGGGACAAGGGUGAAAUGGGAUCAGAGGGCUUGAGGGGUCUUCCAGGUGAAUCAGGAAACAAAGGCGCAAAGGGGGACAAUGGUCUUCCAGGCCCCAGAGGACCACCAGGUACACCAGGAGAGCCAGGACGAAAUGGUACACGAGGUGACCCUGGUGAUGCUGGACCAAGAGGUGAUCCAGGACAACUUGGACCAAAGGGAGACCACGGAAGACCUGGUUUCAGUUAUCCUGGACCAAGAGGAUCAUCGGGUGAGAGAGGAGAGAAGGGAAAUCGUGGACCUCGUGGCGGCAGAGGAGAUUGUGGUCCCAAGGGUGAUCCCGGACAAAAAGGAACCCCAGGAGUGCCAGGUGAACCAGGACAUCAGGGUGAGCCUGGACCUCGAGGACUUCGAGGAGAAAUUGGGCGUGAUGGAGAUUCUGGUCCUGAGGGUGACCCUGGCCUCACUGAAUGUGAUGUCAUGAAUUACAUCAGGGAAACAUGCGGCUGCUGCGAUUGUGAAAAACGAUGUGGUGCUCUGGACAUUGUGUUUGUGAUUGACAGCUCCGAGUCAGUUGGCCUGACCAACUUUACUUUGGAGAAAAACUUUGUCAUCAACACCAUCAACCGACUAGGAUCCCUGGCCAAAGACCCUCAGUCAGAAACAGGUACAAGAGUGGGAGUCGUUCAGUACAGUCACAGCGGAACUUUCCAGGCCAUCCGGCUCGACGAUCCCAAAAUCGAUUCCCUCUCUUCGUUCAAGGACGCAGUGAAGCGCAUGGAGUGGAUCGCUGGAGGAACAUGGACUCCAUCUGCUCUGAAGUACGCCUACGACAAUCUGAUCAGGGACAGCCGUCGAGCCAAAGCCAACGUCACCGUGGUGGUCAUCACCGACGGACGCUUCGACCCCAGAGAUGAUGAUUCAUUGCUCACCUACCUCUGCAGCGAUCCUAGCGUCGAUGUCAGCGCCAUCGGUAUUGGAGACAUGUUUGAUCAGAUUGAAGAGAAUGAAAUUCUCAAGAGUAUAGCCUGUCAGAGGGAUGGAAGGGUGCUGGGCAUGAGGCGUUUUGCCGACCUUGUGGCAGAGGAAUUCAUUGACAAGAUUGAGACAGUCCUCUGCCCAGAUCCUGUUAUUGUAUGCCCGGACCUGCCAUGUAAGACAGAACCUGCUGUGGCCAGCUGUGUGCAGCGGCCAUUGGAUGUGGUGUUCCUCUUGGACGGCUCUGAGCGGAUGGGACUGGAGAACCACCGGCGGGCCAAGGAAUUCAUCGACAAUGUGGCUCGUCGCCUCACCCUGGCAGAUGGCCCAUCGGAUGAGAGGAGCGCUCGUUAUGCCUUGGUGCAGUACGGCAGCCCGACAGAACAGCGAGUCGAGUUCCCACUCACGCACAAUCUGACAGUGAUCUCCGAUUCGCUGGCGAGAGUAACCUACAUGGACUCUUCCUCGGCUCUGGGCAACGCAAUCAUCCACGCUGUCAACAAUGUGGUUUAUAGAUCAGGUGCUCAGGGCAACCGCUUAGCUCGUCGUAACGCUGAGCUGGCCUUUGUGUUCAUCACCGAUGGCAUUACGUCCAGCGAGCAGCUGGAGGAGGGCGUGUCCUCAAUGAAGCGAGCCGAGGGUGUUCCUACGGUGAUCGCCCUGGGAAGUGACACAGAUGAGGAGGUGCUGCGGAAAGUGGCGCUCGGUGACAUGUCGUCCAUCUUUAGAGGCGACGACUACGCCAUUUUGAACAAGCCGUCUUUCUUUGAGCGUUUUGUCCGCUGGAUAUGCUAGUGAGGAACUGCAAUGCUCUCUCUACGCCACAGAAUUAGAAUUGGUAGAAUGAAAGAAGGAGCUUUCCUUCAGCGUACACAUGAACACAAAAGCACCAACCAAACCUCUACGUAUGAGCAUGAUCAUUAUCGAAUGUAAAGCACUGAUGCAGCUUGAUCUGGGUGGAGAUUGUUUUACCCUGCCCAAAAAAGGAACGACCCUUUAAGUUAGGCCAAUUUUCUGUCACUAGUUUCCAUUCUAUUAAUUCUAAAUCUAUGGUCAGCUGUCCAACCUAAAGAAACUACUCAUCAAAGAUUUGUAUAAUAUGCAUUUGUAUGAACCGAAAUGCCGACUUUGUUUGGAGGUUUUUCUUUUUCUCUCUCACUGUUGUCACAAAGUCAGUGUUUAUACAUGAAAGGUGCUAAAGCAGAGAAAAAGACAAAGCCAUUUGUACUUCUGAUGACUUUUUUUAUUAUUUACAUUAUAAGAAACUGUACAAUAGUUUGUCAAGGGAAUUAAAACAAUCUCUCAUAUCCCACUUAAAUGCCACAGGAACAGACGAUACACGCUCUUGCAAAUCUGAAAACAGCCACAACAUCUGUAAACGUGAAAUCCAAAUAAAGUCAAAUGUGGUGACUCCAA